AUGCUGCCUUCAAAGAUGCAAAUCAAUAAAAAGUUAUUGCCCAUUAAGGGUCAUUUCUUUUUCUUUAAUGCUGGUACUGCACCACUUGUACCAUACUUAUCAACUUAUGCGCGUCAAUUAGGAUUUUCAUCUGCCACAGUAGGAUUAAUUUACACAGUACUGCCCAUAUUUGGUCUUAUCGCAAAACCCCUAUUUGGAGUUAUUGCCGACAGAUUUAAGAAACAAAAAUUAAUAUUUAUCUUAUUUCAAAUAAUAACUAUUAUCAGUUUUGGAGCAAUAUAUUUAAUACCAGAAAACAGAGCCUUGUCGGUUGAAUUAGAUUGCGAUGGUGGUAUUACUAUGUUACAAAGUUGUUAUAAGAGUAAAGAUGCGGUGGACAAUUGUAAAGUUGAUUACUUGAGUAAUUUAAGCCUCAAUGCUACGUCAAAGUGUGAAAUGAACUGUGAUAUGACGUCGCCUAAAAUGUGGCAGACGGUUUGCGAGCAUUGGCACAUACCACAGUACUGCUACAGUAACACCAAUAACAUACAGUAUUCCUCAAUAGUCAAUAACGUUACUUUGAAGAACGAUAAUUGUGCCUAUAUCUCUGCAGGCAAUGUGACCUUGGACGGACACAUUUACAGUCCUCGUUGCCGACUGGGCGAGGUAUACGUAGAUGUUAACGAGCCCUGUUCUUUCAAAUGUGAUAACACCAAACUAUCCACAGCCAUAGGAAAGGAUCGCGUUAAUAUGACCUGCAUAGACCAAAAUAUAAAUUACAAACUGUGCCCUACCGACACUACCCAACUUAAAGAACUUACCAAAGAUCCAUUAAACAGCACAUGUGAGGCCUCAUGUGAUCUUGACGUGACGACACCAUGGCGACUCAUGGAAAUAUGUGAGUGGUGGAAAGCUGACACUACCAGCUACUGUCAACCCAAAACCCGGCAAGGUGAAGAAUUCCCAAAAAACCUGUCCUUUACCGGAGAAAUAUUGCUGUCUUCUACAAUUCAGGAACAUGAAUGCGUGUAUAUACGACUUCAUCAGAUCGAAUUGCCCAUUGAAAACGGUGUUGUUACAAAACAUUAUCCGGUCUGUGGAUUAAAAGGGCAAUACGAAGAUAAAUCUGAUCUGUUUCUCUCUUCCUGCAAUAUACGCUGUGACAAUGCUGUGGUAAAUGAGUUGAUUGAGGCCGCAGCAGAUAGCAGAAACGACAAAAAUGAAUUUACAUCAACAUUCUGGCUGUUCUUUUUCUUUAUGAUACUUAGCUGGAUUGGACAGGCUGUUGUUGUCACUUUCGCUGAUGCCAUCUGCUUUAAUCUUCUCGGUACAAAAGUAUCACAAUAUGGAAAACAAAGACUAUGGGGUUCAGUCGGAUGGGGCAUUUUUUCACUGUUGACUGGAGUUCUCAUAGAUACACUUAGUGAUGGUGCUUACAAAGACUACACUAUUGCAUUUAUACUCAUGUUUGUGUUUAUGAUGGGAGACGUCGGGGUUUCAUGUUUUUUGGAGACUGAUUCAACUAAGAUGUCAAUGAACAUUUUGGCUGAUGUUGGUUCGUUGUUAUCGUCUUUACCUACAGUCUUAUUCUUAUUGUGGACGAUAGCCGUUGGUUUGUGCACCGGUUUGCUGUGGCAAUUCCUGUUUUGGUUACUGGAAGACAUAUCAGGCCUCACCUGUGAUGGCACAGGCUACAUAAAAACCUUGCAAGGCUUAGUCAGUGCAAUACAGACAUUUGGAGGAGAAAUACCUUUUCUGUUUGUAUCUGGUUAUGUACUAAAAAAAGUUGGUCAUAUAAACAUGAUGAGCUUGGUUCUCCUGGCGUUUGGCGUGAGAUUCAUAUUAUACUCGUUCCUUACCAACCCUUGGUGGGUACUGCCUAUUGAAAUGUUGCAAGGCGUUACUUUCGGCAUGUUCUAUCCGACAAUGACUUCUUAUGCUAACAUAGUCUCACCACCGGGUACAGAGACUACAGUCCAGGGAUUGGUUGGGGCUGUUUUCGAAGGCGUUGGUACAUCUUUGGGUAGUUUUAUAGGAGGUCAACUGUACGGGACGUAUGGAGGAUGGAUUACUUUCCGUUCAUUUGGCAUUGGAGCCUUAAUAUGCUGUGGAUUGAACUGGCUGGCUUUCUUUAUUCUGAAGGAUAAAAUUGGCCACGCUAGAGUGCCUUCAGGUUAUUCGUCCGUUAUCCGAUACGAACAAGUAAAUGAUAUGAUUUUCAUGUUGGAAGACAUGUCGGAGGGAAGAAUGUGA